AUGCCGACUCGCAACUCCACGAUUCCGAAUCUUGAUCUCAAGUCCCUCAAGGUGGAGUUCAACAGCAGAAGGUUGUCCACCUCAUUCGCACCCGGGCUGCAGAGCCCUGAUGCUCUCAGUCCCCUGACUCCGCGCUCUCCGAGAUCGCUUUCCACUUCGCCAUUCUUCAAGGGUGCCACGAUUCGUCCCGUCACCCAGGAGUCGGGCCAAGACACGAGUUCGACGAUUGCGCCUCGAUCCCCCAAUCUGUCACCAACGGAAUUUGAGCCUGAGCCCAACACUCCUGGCUUCACGGCAAUUCCACAACAAUUUCCCUCGCCAAAGGAUGCUGCCAAAAACGCACAUGGGCGCGAUGCGUCAAAGUCGUUCUUCGGUAACCUCAAGGCGCCCAAGUCAUCCCAUCGGUCACAGCGUUCAGACAGCUCAGAGAAUUCCACAGAGCCACCCCCACCCAAAAGCCGCGGAAGCUCACGAGACCGAAAGAUGACGCCCAAACCCCACGAGUCAACUCCUGAUUUACCCGCUGUUCUUACAAAAGCAGCAGCGAGUGAAAGCGGUGACACUAUUACCUCGACAACUGGUCCGUCCAAACCCACCGCGGAGACAGAAGCCGCACCACUCAAGAAAAGCAAGCCGCGCUUCGCAAACCUGUUGACCCGUUCACGAUCCAUCAGAGUCGAUGACAACUCUGCGACACGAAGCUCUGGCCGCCGGCCGUCGACGGGUCUAGCGAGAUUGGAGGAAUUUAAGGCUGUCGAGUCUAGCACCUCGUCAAUGACUGCACCUCGUCCUGUUCCUACGCGGCCCGAACGAGCCGCUGAGGGAGGUUUGUAUCCGCCCCCGCGCCACAUGGAAGCUUCAUCUCCCAGAAAGGAGAAAGCCCAUGGAGGGGGCAUGGUCCACUCUGGCUCUUUCAGCCACGUAUCGGGUGCAUCGGCGGCGAUCUUGAACAAUUUGAAACAGUCCUCAAGCGGGGCCGCCGAUCGUAUUGGCAAAGCGGGUAAAGGCUUUUUUGGAAAGAUCACUCGCAGUGGUAGCACGAAUGAGCGAGAGAUGAUCAACGAUGACAAUUACGUCUGCUCAGUCAUCAACCUACCUCUGAUCGAACAGGCUAGAAAAACCCGCAUCGCCAAAAAGCUGGAGGGUUGUCGAGAUAAGACUGAGUUUUGGAUGCCUGCACUUCCAUACCGCUGCAUCGAUUAUCUCAAUUUCAAAGGAUGUGAGGAAGAAGGACUUUACCGAGUCCCAGGUAGCGGUCGCGAGGUGAAACACUGGCAGCGACGAUUUGACUCUGAGUUAGACGUCAGUCUUUUCGAUGUGCCCGAUCUCUACGAUAUCAACACGGUUGGGUCGUUGUUCAAGGCUUGGCUACGAGAGCUGCCUGAUGAGCUGUUCCCUAAGGCGACUCAAGACAUGAUCGCAGAGAAGUGCGAGGGAGCCACUACCGCCCCCCAGCUCCUCAAGGAUGAGCUGUCAAAGCUGCCUCCAUACAACUACUAUCUGCUCUUCGCGAUCACAUGUCAUUUGAACCUGCUCCACUCUUACGUCGACCAGAACAAAAUGGACUACCGCAAUCUCUGCAUCUGCUUCCAGCCUUGCAUGAGAAUCGACGCUUUUUGUUUCCAGUUCCUUGUGUGUGAUUGGAAAAAUUGCUGGCAGGGUUGCUGGACCGAAAAAGAGUGGAUGCAAAAGGAAAAGGAGAUGGACGAGAAGGAACAGAGAGCUGCUGAACGAAAAGCAUCAGCAGUGAAAGUCGAAUCUCCUCAUCUGUCUUCCAAGCACGAGCGUGCCGUCUCAUCUGGAUCUAGCUCACGGUCUGAUGAAGACAAGCCUCGCCCACAGACGGCAAGGCUUCGAAAGGCUAGACCAGCGAACAUCGAGACUGGGGGGCACACGCGAAGCGUUUCACAACUACCCGAAUUGGGUCCCCCGCUGUCACCGAUCAAGAUCUGA